AUGGGCAGUUUGCUGAGCGGGGUCAGCCUCAAGGAGCCCACAACGGUGGAAGAUUGUGACUCCACCUGGGAGACGGACUCGGAGCCCGAACUCCAGGACCCCGGCGGAGAAGAAGGGCCGCUGCCGGAGGAGGCGGGGGGCGGCGAGGGCGAAGGCGAAGGCGACCCAGCUGAGGACGAGCAGCAGCAGGAGGAACCGCUCCCUGCGGCAAGCUGCUGGCCGGAAGAUGCUGAGCACCGAGAAGGGGCAGCUGAGGAAGACAAGGGGGGAGAAGAAAAGGUGGAGAAAGAAGGCGAGGAGGAGGGAGGAGGAGACCACGAGGGAGCGGGGCACGAAGAAGCAGAGGCCACCGGUGCUGAACAGGGGGAUGAUGCAAUUGAAGUGACAGCUAAACCAAAGAGAAGUUUCUAUGCUGCAAGAGAUUUGUACAAAUAUCGGCAUCAAUAUCCAAAUUUUAAAGAUCUACGAUAUCAGAAUGAUUUGUGCAACCUCCGCUUUUACAAGAAUAAAAUACCCUUUAAACCUGAUGGUGUUUAUAUUGAAGAAGUCCUAAAUAAAUGGAAAGGAGACUAUGAGAAAUUGGAACACAAUCACACUUACAUACAAUGGCUUUUUCCACUAAGAGAGCAAGGACUGAAUUUCUAUGCAAAGGAAUUAACAACAUACGAAAUUGAGGUAAAACAGAUGGUUUGUAAUAUAACCUCACUAUUUGGUGGUUUGGGGUUUUCCUUUUGGCCAACCAGGCUAUCUUCACUUUAUGUAUCUGUAAUGUUUUGUUAUUUGUGCUUUCUUUUUAAAAAUGUGUUACAGGAAUUCAAAAAAACAAAAGAAGCAAUUAGAAGAUUUCUGUUGGCUUACAAAAUGAUGCUGGAAUUUUUUGGUAUAAAGUUAAUUGAUAAAAAUGGGAAUGUAGCACGAGCUUCUAACUGGCAAGAAAGAUUCCAACACUUGAAUGAGUCUCAACAUAACUACUUGAGAAUCACCCGUAUCCUGAAGAGUCUUGGUGAACUUGGAUAUGAAAGUUUCAAACCCCCUCUUGUAAAAUUUAUUCUUUAUGAAGCUCUUGUGGAAGAUACCAUCCCCAACAUUAAGCAAAGUGCUUUGGAAUAUUUUGUGUAUACUAUUAGAGACCGAAGAGAGAGGAGAAAACUCCUUCGAUUUGCCCAGCAGCACUACAUGCCCUCUGACCAUUUCAUAUGGGGACCACCAAGAAAAUUGGAAGGAAGCAAGCCAAAUAAAAAGCUGCCAUCCCCAGUUUCUCUUCGCAGUAGCUGUGCUCCAAAACAUAAAAAAACAAAAGACUGCAAGAAUAUGUUCACCACUUAUAGCUCAAGCAGUAAAAAAACAGAUGAGAAAAAGGCGGAACAUAUUAAAAACAAUGAAGAUAAUGAUCAGAGUAGGAAAUGCACCAGCGCUGAGGUUGCCAAGCAGAGCAGUACUGAAAAGAACAAUCACACUGAAUGUCACAACUCCAAGCUGGAAGAAACGCCUAAUCCUGUGAACCAGAAGGAGAAUGCUUCCCAUUUAAAAAAACAUAAAGGCAAAAUGGAGGAAAAUUUCAGCCAGGACUGUAGAAACCUGGAAGCUGUAGAAAAUGAUUUCUGUGACAGUAAAAACAAUUCAGUUAAUAUAACAGCAGAUCUGCAAGACAAUGUAGGUAAGGAGAAAAAUCCAAUAGGAUCAAACAUAAAAAACAAAGAGGAGACUCAAACAUAAACUCAGUUGUUUGGUCUUUUGCUGAACAUAACAAAAUGGUGCAGUUUCUCACUUGCAUGAAACUGGAAAAGGAGAGGAUGAUCUUGAUACUGGGUCUAAUGCUGAAUACAGCAGCUUAACCUCUAAGGGGUUAUGGGUUCUUUUAUUUGACUCUGUUUACUGUUUGCACUUUUCAAAGCUGUGUAUUAAGCUUAAAAACUGCAUAACACUGAAGCCUGAGAAAAUUCAUUUGCUAAGAUGGCUGUCUGUGUGGACACACCUAAUAUGAUUUUGGUUAUCCUCUUACUCUAUUUCUUUUCUUGUAAACCUUCGCUAGAUUUUCAAGGAGCCAGAAUGAGAAUAUCUGCUCAUCAGAUAACUACUUAAUGUAUCACUAUUUUCAAUAUUUGUCAUUGCUUAAAAAUCAAGAAAGAGGCAGAUGCAAGAUUUACCUCCAUUCAAGAUGUACCCCCAGGUUCAAGACCUACCUCAGCUGUGCACUGAGCUACAUUCUCUCAGUCUUAGAUCCCCAACUGAUAAAUAAAAAUAUUACUAGUAAUUUGCUGUCCAGGGUUAGCAUGAGAAGAAAAAAACAAAGAUAGCAAAUCUCCUUUAAAAUUUAAAAGUACUUUACAAACAUCUAGUAGUACGAUUCAAACACCAGCAUUCUUCCAAUAUUGUCUCUUCCCUUGGUCUCCUCUAGUGCAGUGUAAUAGGUAAUGUUCUAGAUUUGGGAAUGUAGGAUUCAAAUGCCUCUCAGCUAUGAAACUUACUGCAUACCCUUGGACAAGCCAUAUCCUUUUUAUCCUGGCAUAUUUCAGCAGAGUUCUUCUGAAGAUAAAAUAGGAUAACGCUAUGUCUGCUAUUUAUGAGCUGAAAGGCAGUAUAUAUAUUUCUGUGUUUUCUUCUGCUUCCUAUAUUUUUCCUUUCUUCCUCUUAAUGAAGAACUCUUCCUUCUGUCCCUUCCCUUCCUUUUUCUUCUCAUGCAUCUGCACACUUCCUAAUAGUUUUUCCCAUAUUUAUUCCAGGAUAGGAGUAGGUGAGAAUAAUUCCAUCUUCUGGUAGGAGAGAAUAAUUCCAUCUAAGAUGAUUCACUUGUGCAGAUAAAGGAAAAUAGGGGACAGAAAAGAGUUAAACACUGUAGAGAC